AUGGGGUUUAGCUUGCUGCGAAAUGGCUUAGUAUUGGGUGGGGAGGGGCAUGAAUGGCGGUUAAGUAGAGAGAGGGAGGCAGAAAUGAUGUUGGCUCAAGGCCAGUUAGUCACAGUUGUUCCUUUGGUAGGAAUAGAGAGGUUUGAAUUAAUAGAAGGGCCGAUUGGACCUUUAGUUCCGAUGGCACCAGCCCAGGUGCCUUUGUAUGCGGCUUUGUUAUUGAAACAUAGUGGGCAGUGUGUAAUUCAGGCGCCAGAAUGGUUGAGUUUAAGCUACUUAAAACGAGCGGUCGAAAGAGAGGAAGAGUUGAAGGAUGAGUUUACAGAAACAGAUAUGUACUUGUUUGAGAAUGCGAGUGUGUGUCUUGAAAACUGUGAGAUUAUCGAGGAUAUAGCUGAAAUUCGCAUACAGUUGAAGAAGUUGCGAGAAGUACGUAUGCAGAAGUUGCUGAAGGGGAUAGAGUAUAUUGAUACACCAAUUAUAGGUACAAACAACCUGACAUUUUUUGAGUUUCGCAAGAUCAAAGAGUAUCUUUUACCCCAUUUGGAAAUUCAAAAGAACUUACAAUAA